AGCUGAGCUGAGAUGACGACGUGCGGCAAGGGAUUCGGGAUGGUCCUCGUCCUGUUCUGGGCGACGGCCCUUUCCAGCGACCUCUCGCUGGUGAGCGGUCAAACGGCGGCGCCGUCGACGAGCUCCACUAGUGCCCCUCCGAAGGCGGAGGUCCGGCCCACGAAGCCGAUGAUUGUGAACGCCCCGCCGAAGAAGCCAAUGGUCCCGGAGGCCAAGCUCAACGGCAGCAAGCCGCUGCAGGUGACCGGCUUCAUCACCAAGUCGGGCAGCAUCUACGAGAUCGAGGACAAGCGCGGCUCCAUCGGCGCCAUCGGCUCCAUCGAGGGCCGCCAGGCGGAGCAGAACCAGGAUAGUGAUCAGGAUCAGGGCCAGGAGCAGGAGCAGAUCGUGUGCAACUACGGCAACGUGGUGAUCUACAGCGACGUGCCCUGCGACCAGGUGAAGAAUGUGCGCGUGGGCGCGGUGAAGCCGCUCCGCGGGGAGGCAAGUGAGGCCUCCACCGAGGGCAGUCCUCCCGGCGGGGAGGCGCAGCAGCAGGAGCAGGCGGGCACGGACCAGGAGGCGGACCAGAACCAGGAGCAGAGCCCGGAGCAGAGCCAGGAAGAGGAGCUCCAGCAGCAGCCGAACCACCCGCGGGGUCAGCAGAACAACAACCGCCGCCGCCGCCGACGCCCGCAGCAACAGCAGCAGCGGAAGCAGCAGCAGAGGCUGCAGCAGCAGCGCCGUCGCCGCCGGCAGCAGCAGCAGCUUCAGCAGCGCCGUCGCAAUGGCGCUGGCAACAACAACAACAACAACUUGAGGCGUCGCCGCAACCGCAACAACGCCAACAGAAACCGCCAGCAACAGAUACGUCGUCGCCCCGGCAACAACAAUAACAACAACAACAGACGGCGCAUCAACAACGGGCAGCAACAACAGCAAAUCCGCCGCCGCCGCCGCCAACAACAACAACAGCAGCAGCGGCGUCGCCGUCCCAACAGCAACAACAACAACAACAUGCGUCGCCGCAUCCGCGACGGCAACUAA